CUACAGUUUUGUGAUGUGUGACAUGUGACGCGACUUGUGCCUGCCCAGUGCAACUCAAACCGCAAUCUUUGACUCUGAGCUCUCCAAAUGUCGAUCAUAGCCACUCAGGGUUUCGACUGUGCCCGCAACUCUCCCAUGAGACCCGUCGGCACAUCUUUUAGCUUUCUCUCGAUUAUGCUGCUUUCAAACCAGACGCAGUACUAAGCAAUUCCCGAUCUGCGUCGGGAAAACGCCAUUCGUCUCCCAUGCUCCAGAUCAAUACCCGAGAGUCGAUGCGACAUAAUUUCGCACUCUGCUUGAUAAUCCGACGGGAGAUAUAAAGUGGGGCGGGGUCGGGCUGGCUAUCGGUAGAACAACCCACUAUUUGCCAUGGCAGGAACUUCAUAUCCCACCUUCACCUUCGACACCACCGCCGAGGAAGUCGCGACGGCGUUCGCGGAUGAGAUCAAAGGCAAGAACGUCCUCGUCACAGGGACUUCGAUCAACGGACUCGGGUUCGAGACUGCGCGUGUUAUCGCCAAACACGCGAAUCUGGUCAUCAUAACCGGCUACAAUCGAGAGCGAUUGGAGCUUGCGCGAGCUGAACUGGAGAAGGAGAGCCCCAAGGCUGAGAUUCGGCCACUGGUUCUCGACCUCUCGUCGCUCAAGGACGUGCGCAGGGCAGCCUCCGAAGUCAAUGCGUA